GCCGGAUCCCCUUCACUGCGCUCUAGCUCCUCCCGCUGCCGAUUUGGGUACCCGGGACGUGGCGAAGCAAGGUCUGCGGAGGAAAAGGGUACGGCACCCCUUCAGGCAAGGAGAUAAGAAAACUGCCUCUGAUCCAAGCAGAGCAGGUCCAACUUCAGUGGCAGAUCUGGUGGCCUUGGAGUGGCUGAAGACCACAACCCUCCACAGGGCUGCGUUCAGGCACACAGCUAUUCUUCCCUUACCUGAGUGAGCUUCCUCUGCACGUUGUUUAUAUCAUUGGCAGAGCCUGUAGUUGGAAAGGGGGCCGAGUGAUGAAUGGACUUUGUAUGAAAACACCAACCUGGGACAGACCUUCAGUCAAGGUUGAGAUGGGGUUGGGGUGUAUAACUUGGCCUUGGCUUUAACUUGGAUCAUGACUGGCUCUGAGGCUAAGGCAGGGGCAGAGCAGAGCCUGCGGCUGCCCUAAAAGCUGGAAUCAGUGGCCCUGCCAAUAUUAGAGCCAAAGCUAAGAUCCAGGCCAAGGCAGUGGCUGAGGCAGAACUGAAAACAGGACCAGUGACCCAGGCCAAUGCUGGAGUUGGAGCAGUGGCCAGGACACAGACAGUAACCUACACUGAGGCCGUGGCUAUGACAAGGGAUGUGGGCAAGAUGGAAGCUAUGACUAAGAGUCAUGACUGAGACUAAGGCAGAAUCCAUGGCAGAACCUGGUAUAGUGCCUGAGGCCAAGUCAAAGGUGAUACCUAUGGCCAGGGUCAGUGCAGUGACCAAGUACGAAGUCAAGGCUGGUCCUGGAAGUGAAGCCAAUAUCAGGUACUUUGCCAAGGCCAUUAUUGAGUCCAGGCCCCAGAGAAAGAGAGAGGACGGCAUCAAAGUCAGGGCUGGGGCUGGGGAUAGAGCUGGUAUUAUAAUCGAAUCCAGUGAUGAGGAUGAAGAAAAUGUCUGCUCCUGGUUCUGGACCGGAGAAGAGCCUAGUGUAGGAUCCUGGUUCUGGCCAGAAGAGGAGACUCCUUCUCAAGUUUAUAAGCCUCCGCCUAAGAUCCAGGAAAAGCCCAAGCCCAUACCCAAACCAGAACUCACUAUAAAACAAAAAGCAGCAGCAUGGUCAAGGGCCAGAUAUAGUGUCCUCGUCCCAAUAGAGGGAGGAGAGCAAUCUUUGCCUCCAGGGAACUGGACUCUGGUUGAGACCUUGAUUGAAACUCCUCUGGGCAUUCGGCCUCUGACCAAGAUCCCACCCUAUGAUGGGCCUUACUUCCAAACCUUAGCUGAGAUCAAAAACCAGGUUAGGUAUAGGGAAAAGUAUGGGCCCAAUCCAAGAGCCUGCCGCUGUAAAUCACGUAACUUUAGUUUAGAGCCUAAAGAGUUUGAUAAACUCGUUGCCCUACUUAAGUUAACUAAGGAUCCUUUUAUUCAUGAAAUAGCUACUAUGAUAAUGGGCAUCAGUCCUGCUUAUCCAUUUACCCAAGAUAUAAUUCAUGAUGUAGGUAUUACUGUUAUGAUUGAAAACUUGGUCAAUAAUCCCAAUGUUACAGAACACCCUAGAGCUUUAAAUAUGGUAGAUGAUAACUCUGAGUCUUCUGAAGAACCACAACCAGCAGAGUCAUACAUACAUCAAGUUUGUAAGGACAUAAUCUCUUGUCCAUUGAACUCCCCUGUGCAACUGGCUGGACUAAAAUUAUUGGUUAACCUGAGUGUGAAGUUUGAGGAUCACCGUAUAAUUGCUAAUUACAUUCCAGAUUUUCUUACCUUGUUAAACAAGGGAAGUGUCAAAACCAAAUUUUAUGUUUUAAAAGUAUUUUUGCGCUUGUCUAAAAAUCAAGCCAAUACAAGAGAACUGAUUAGUGCCAAAGUACUAUCCUCAUUGGUUGCGCCCUUUAACAAGAAUGAGUCAAAGGCCAAUAUUCUUAAUAUCAUUGAAAUAUUUGAGAAUAUAAAUUUCCAAUUCAAAAAGAAGGCGAAGCUGUUUACUAAGGAAGAGUUCACUAAAUCUGAGCUUAUUUCCAUAUUCCAGGAAGCAAAAGAGUUUGGUCAGAAACUCCAAGACUUAGCAGAUCACAGUGAUCCUGAGACCUGGAAGGUGGGAAUACAAAAAGGAUCUCAUUGGUCUGAAACGAAGGUGAUGGUCAGGCUUCAUUUCUCUGAGGGAUCCUGGGGAGAAUCUGCUUCCUUGCCUAUUCCAGCUUCUGGAAGCUGCCUGCAUUCCUUGGGCCCUGGCUUUGUUUCAUCUUCAAAGCCAGCAAUGGCCUAUCCAGUCUUUCUCAUGCUACUUCACUGUGACACGGACUCUUCUGCCUACUUCUUCCACAUUUGAAGUACUUUUGUGAUUACAUUGGCCAGGAAAGAGACCCAGCAUAUUUUUAUUUUAAAUUCAGCUGAUUAGCAAUCUUAAUUCGAUCAGCAGUCUUACUUUUCCUUUGCCCUGUAACAUCACAUAUUUACAGGUUCUGACAACUGGGAUGUGGACAUCAUUGAGGGACCGUUGUUCAGCCUAUCACAGUGAAAGUGCCAUUUAAUUGGGUUUAAAAUGGGCAUCAGCGGGUUCGUGCUCAACCACAGUCGUGCUUAAACACAUUGCCCCGUUUGCCCCGUGGAGGAUUCAAGAACCACCAGGCUCUGUCCUGAAGAACUAGGUACAUGAUGGGGCCUUCCUCCAAAGAAUGGCUGGGGAAAAUAGACAGGUACGUGUAUGGCAAGUGGCUGAGAUCCAAGCUGGUUCUAAUCCCUGCCACAUUUCCACACCGCCAAAGAUCAUGAGCGCUUGGACGUGACUGCAAGAGAAGACACCACAGGACAGUUGAAGAGGAGCCAGGAGCAGCCCGACCCCUGGCCAUGGGGGCAACAGACAGGAAAGAUCCUAGGACCCAGUGUGGGUCCUGACAGGGAAAAAAGGCCCUCCUUCUUGGGCAACUGUGGGGACUGCGAAAUGGCAAAGCAUGUUACCAGUUGGAAUGGGGGAGGACAGCAGUGUGGCAGAAAGAAUGGGCACAGCAGUGGUUGGUUUUUCUCAGGGUAGAGGUGUAGGUCUGCCUUCCUUUAGAAAAGGGGCAGUGGUGAGGCCUCCGUGGGGGCCCCCUCCCACCUUCCUCCCUUCCGUGGCCCCGCGAAGCAAUGAAGGAAGAACGUGGGAGGGCCCCCCACCCCAGAACCUCCGGGGCAGCCUGGCCUUAGGUCGCCUUUCCCCUCGCAGCCUGCUGUCCUGACAGCCCCUGGCCCACGGGCCUCCAGUUAGGAUGGCGGACCGAACGGGGGAUGUGGGGGCCGACACCAAGCAGUCUGGGGGUUCUCAGACCCCGAGGGGCGGUUGCUAUCCGUUCGAUAUCCAUCCGCUGCUGCCUGCGGCGCACCUUCCCCGCCCCGCCGCCCCCGACUUCUGGAUCCUAGCCCCCACCGCCAAGCGUCCCCCGGUCCUAUGGAUUGCAGUGCCAGCAAUGAGGGGGUGGUCGCCUCGGAGGUCUGCAGAGGCGGGCUGCUGUGAGCCCGCCCCUUAGGCUGGGCUCCUCCCGGCCCCACCCCCUCUGGGUCGGAACUAGGGUGGGCCGGGGAGGGGGCGUCGAGCCCAUUCGUGCCGUAUCCCUCCGCCCCCCUUCCCGACACCCUCGCCGCCAGCGUUUCGUGCCGCAUCCUGCGCAGCCCCUGCCCAGUUUGGUGCAGCAGCGCGGGGGGCGGGACGCCUCUUUGCGAUUCUGGCCGCGCGCAAGGCGGUGGGAAUCCGACUGAGGAGCUCCGAGAGGAGGGGGAGCCCAGCGACCUACACCUUGAGCCUGUGAAGGCAAGUGGGGGUGUCCUGGGGGGGGCGAGAGGACCCCCACUGUCGCCGGGCUUACAGCCUUCCGGGACCCCAGACCCUGGCAGCCUGGCAAGGAGGAGGCGACCCGGUCGUAGCUGGUCCCUGAGAGAGGUGCGCAGCGCCGCGGGACCCCUGGCGAGGAGAGGCGGCGACUGGCGCGGGCUGGGCCCAGGGCACCAGGGCUGGCCGGAGAGGCUCCCUCGGAUCGUCUGGAGACGAACUGCGCCCGCCACUGCGCGGCCAGCUUUCCAGGCGCCCGCGACCCGCAGUCGACGGUGCCUGUACCGGGAGAGAGCUGGCCCCGCGCCCUGUUUGCUGUCCCUUCCCACAAGCGCCUCGUUGAUGUCAAAGUCCUCUCUCUGCGCAGUAGCUGUGGCGCAUCUAGCAAAAGGGCAGUUGAGUGGGUAGAUUAUGAAGACAUCGAAAUGAAGUGUUUGUUUAUCCACUUCAUAAUAUUGCCUUCCGUAUUUAGAUCCUGCAUCCAAGGAAAUGCAAGGAAAUGACAGGGUGAGGAGUAUAUCACCUUUCACAGGAAGCGUCCGUGUAAAGAAAUAGUGUGGUAUUAAUCCAUCUUUCUCCUUCAGGAUCCUUUUUCUCAGCAUCGCAGCCCACUUUAAUAUGUCGAAGUGUGGGAAUGGUGGGUUAGAAUAGAGGGGAAUGUUUUCUGAAGGGUCAGUGUGGACCCUGUGACGUUUAUACUUAUUUCCUGAUUCUUCAAAAGGUGGUGUUAGGACCUGAAUUCUGGGUAUCUAUUAUAUUCGUGCCAUUGUCAAUAUAUUCUCUUGGUGUUUUGCUGAAUGCUCCUCCUCCUU